GAACAUUGUUCGAUAGGGAACAUAGACAGUCUCACCUCUCUCUCUCUCUCUCGCCUGCCGUUAUACUCAUCAGAAUUCAACAUGAGAGAAAUCGUCCAUCUUCAAGCUGGCCAAUGUGGAAACCAGAUCGGAGCCAAGGAACAACAAUAUGCAAGACCUUAGAAGGAUGUUGAAGAGUUUUUAUUGAAAGUUAUAUUCUUAUGUAUAUUAAAAGAUAUAUACACCUUAUAUUACCCAAUGACUUUUCCAUCAUGUAGAGUGUGAAUAAACAUACUGCUGAGUUCUGGGAAGUGAUCUCCGACGAGCACGGCAUCGACCCAACCGGCACCUACCACGGCGACUCCGACCUCCAGUUGGAGAGAAUCAACGUCUACUACAAUGAAGCUACAGGAGGUAAAUAUGUUCCCCGUGCUGUGUUGGUCGACUUGGAGCCCGGAACUAUGGACUCCGUGAGAUCAGGACCAUUCGGUCAGAUCUUCAGACCAGACAACUUUGUGUUCGGUCAGAGCGGUGCUGGUAACAACUGGGCCAAAGGUCACUACACAGAGGGCGCUGAACUCGUAGACUCGGUACUGGAUGUCGUCAGAAAAGAGGCCGAGGGUUGUGACUGUCUGCAAGGAUUCCAGCUGACACACUCGCUAGGUGGCGGCACCGGUUCCGGUAUGGGCACCCUACUCAUCAGCAAGAUCCGCGAAGAGUACCCAGACAGAAUCAUGAACACAUUCUCAGUCGUCCCAUCACCAAAGGUAUCAGACACAGUGGUUGAGCCCUACAACGCUACCCUCUCAGUCCAUCAGCUGGUUGAGAACACAGACGAGACAUACUGUAUCGACAACGAGGCUCUGUACGACAUCUGCUUCCGUACCCUGAAACUCACCACGCCAACCUACGGUGACUUGAACCAUUUGGUGUCUGCUACCAUGUCCGGAGUCACAACCUGUCUCAGAUUCCCUGGUCAACUGAACGCUGAUCUUCGCAAACUGGCAGUCAACAUGGUUCCAUUCCCACGUCUCCACUUCUUCAUGCCAGGCUUUGCUCCACUCACCUCCCGUGGAAGUCAGCAAUACCGCGCCCUAUCAGUCCCAGAGCUCACCCAGCAGAUGUUUGAUGCCAAGAACAUGAUGGCUGCCUGUGAUCCACGUCACGGUCGCUACCUCACUGUUGCUGCCAUCUUCCGUGGUCGCAUGUCCAUGAAGGAGGUUGAUGAGCAGAUGUUGAACGUUCAGAACAAGAACAGCAGCUACUUCGUCGAAUGGAUCCCCAACAACGUGAAGACAGCCGUCUGCGACAUCCCACCACGCGGUCUCAAGAUGUCAUCUACCUUUAUCGGCAAUAGCACCGCCAUCCAGGAGCUAUUCAAGCGAAUCUCCGAGCAGUUCACUGCCAUGUUCAGGCGAAAGGCUUUCCUCCAUUGGUACACUGGAGAGGGUAUGGACGAGAUGGAGUUCACUGAGGCAGAGUCCAACAUGAACGACUUGGUCUCUGAGUAUCAGCAGUACCAGGAUGCUACCGCCGAGGAGGAGGGAGAGUAUGACGAGGAGGAAGAGGAAGCUGACGUGAAUUAAGUUGAACUCUGUGAAUGUUGGACAUUGCCCAGCUUAACUUUCUACUCGCUACAACGCAAUACUUGCUCCCAAUAUUUGGGAUCCUGAGUAAACACAUCACACAUAAACUAUCUUCUUCACUCUCAUUAUUCUUCACAAACUGUUUACUUGACUUUAUGACUUCUGAACAAUUAGUGAAUUACUCAAAACAAGAUAUUAAACUAUCUUGCUACGC